GGAUCCUCAAGAACACGGCCGCCUUUUCACUCGCUCCCGGACGUCCUUUUGCUCUUUGAACUCGCGUGGUGGAGGCAGCGAGAAACAAGCAGCAAGCAACCAGCACCGAAAAUAAGAACAAGACGAAGAAGAAGCGAGGAGCGGAGGACUGCCGCUGAGAACCGGAUGUUUUCAACCUUCAGAUAAGAAGGAUGGACGUCCAACUGCAAUGUCAGAAUUGAGCCACGUGAACAGAAGCCCGCAGAGGACAACGUGAGGGGAGAACAAAGGAGCGCAGCCGCAAGAUCAAGCCCACGGUAGAAGUCUUUAAAUGGCCAAUAAAGCCACCCGGCAGAGAUGCCGUGCCUCAGUGGCCGCGUUUGGUUCGGGCCAUUAUCAUCAUCAUCAUCAUCAUCAUCAUCAUCAUCAUCAGUACAAUAUUCCAGACAAAUGAGGCUCCAAAGUAUUUCCAUCGCCAGCAAGAUGACGGUGAUGAGGUCUCGCGGGGGAACAAGAUGGAAUUGUGGAGGUCUGCUAUUGGAUUGUGGAGUACGACGUCUUCGGAGUGGUGCCAGCAACUGGACACUUGGUUUCCUGCCCCCGCCGAGCCGCUAUCUUCCCGCAUUAAUAACGUCCUCAGCUGCUCCAUCCCAGAUGACUCACAGCUGCAAAUGGAAACAGCCAGAAUAGUUUGAAGAUGCUGCCACUUGUUCCAGUCUUCACCGAUCCACUCCCAGCCCGGAGGCCCCCCAGGUAACACAUGUCACAACGGCCUGGUGCACCCCGUGACCCGGUCCGCCUUGCCGUCUGUUCACAGUGCUCUGGGCGUCAAGCACUUUCUUCCCUUCCCAUUGGACAACAACGUCUCGCCCGCCGUGAAUAUCUUCCCGGGAUUCAAUACUAUGGACCCGGUGCAGAAGGCCGUCCUCCAUCACACGCUGGGCCUCCUGCCCGCUGCUACUGCCGCUGCCCCAAAGAGGAGGCACGUUUCCUGUGGAGUUUGCCGCCUGAGGUUCAAUUCGCAGGUACACCUGAACCAAGCGUUGGCCCACUACAAGGGCACCAAGCAUGCCAGGAAGCUAAAAGCCCGGGACACUCCCAAAAGCAAGCUCAAAGGAACACCGCUCGCCAAGGAGCCCAGAACAGACAGGAAAGAUGCGGUUCCUACCACAGUGCCUCCGCCGCUGUCCUCCACGCUCCGACUGGCAAUCCCAUCAGAGUCCACAGUGACCCGUGAGACGCCGACCGACGACGCCGGAAACUUGUCGUCGGUCACCAAUGCCCCGGAGGUGACCUCGGAGUUUGAGCUCAACUCGCCCUCAGAACCCGAACCGGAUCUGGACCCUGACAAAGAACCCGAGAAGGACGCGGAAACGGAGGAGGAGAAAGCUCGGCGCCUGCUCUACUGCUCGCUCUGCAAGGUGGCCGUCAACUCGCCGUCGCAGCUGGAGGCUCACAAUAGCGGUACCAAGCACAAGACUAUGCUGGAGGCCCGCAGCGGCGUGGGCUCCAUCAAGUCGUUCCCACGGCCGGGAAUCAAAGGCAAAGUGGCGCCGCCGUCCUCGUCCAAGGCUUCCACGGGCCUGCAGAACAAAACGUUUUACUGUGAGACGUGCGACGUGCACGUCAACUCCGAGACGCAGCUGAAGCAGCACAUCAGCAGUCGUCGUCAUAAAGACAGAGCGGCAGGCAAACCGGCCAAGCCCAAAUACACCCCUUACAGCAAAGGAGCCACCAAGCAAACGCAGAUCAAGCUAAGUUUGGGCAAAGAGCAUCCGUGCCCCCCCCUGGCUGCCCUUCUUCCCACACAGCUCAUGGCUGCCGCAGCUGCCGCUCUUGGUAGCACGUUCCCGCAGCGCCCGACCCACGGCCCCGCCUCCAACCCUGCCCUCUUCCCGACUCCACCCCUCACCACGCCCCUGCUCCGCCCCGCCGCUGGCCCUAUAAGGACCGCCCACCCUCAAGUCCUCUUUGCGCCAUACUGAACCCAGAUUGGGCAGUGGCAACGGAUUUCAUGCGGGACCAGUCUAUGCAUCCAGGAUUCAAGAUUUGCGCUGUCAGUCAACCUGUACAGCUACAUGAGGGCAAUAAUGUAACACACACACACACACACUCACGUACGUAAAUGAACUAUGCAGUGUCAUUACGUCAUGAGUGUCACUAGGUGGCACUCACGUUCCUGUUUGCACUUUAACUAUUGUUGAUGUGCAUGUUUGACGGUGUUCAAUGGUUGACUAGGUAUCGUUUUUUUUGGGGGGGGGGGUUAUGGAUUAGUCCUUGUCAAAAAAAAUGGUGGUAUUUUGUGUUGGUGUGAAAUUUCCAGAGGAACCUAAAAUGACCUUGAAAGGUGACAUUAAUUUGACCUCUUGUAAAAAUGUUGAAUUCCAAUCCAUUUAUUGUUUCAAUGCUUUUUGCAAGACUUGCUGUUCGACCAUAACGAGCUGAAGAGCAAAAUUCACAGUAGGUGUUGGAUCCGUGAAAAAAAU